AUGGUUGCAAAGUUGAAUACACAUCUAGCAGUGGUCACGCAAGGCCCCAAAAAAGCCAGGCUGGUCACCGAUCGACCGGUUCCUAGACUGCGUGACGAUUACAUGCUCGUCAGAACAGUAACAGUGGCUCUCAACCCGACGGAUUGGAAACAUAUCGACUUUGUGCCUAGUGAUGGAUGUACCGUCGGUUGUGACUUCGCCGGCAUUGUCGAAGAGGUUGGUCCCAAAGUGUCCGAUCGAUUUCGAAAAGGAGAUCGAGUAUUGGGCCUCACACAUGGAUGCAAUGCCGUCGAGCCAGAAGAUGGCGCAUUUGGCCAGUAUGUUAUGGCCAAGGGGAUCGGGCAGCUCAAGAUUCCGGAUGGAAUGAGCUGGGAGGAUGCGUGCACCGUUGGAGUCGGAUACACGACCGUUGGCCAGAGUCUAUAUCAGAAUCUUGGUCUCCCGAUGCCUGGGAAGCCGCGAAGCCCUAGUACCCCAAAGGCAGUCUUGAUUCAUGGCGGGUCUACUGCAACCGGAACAUUGGCUAUCCAAUGCGCUAAGCUAUCUGGGAUGGAGGUUAUCACGACAUGCUCGGCCAGAAAUUUUGACCUGGUCAAGGGCCUCGGAGCGGAUGCGGUUUUUGACUAUAGCAAGCCAAAUGUGGCAGCAGAGAUCCGGAGGUAUACCAGAGAUAACCUGAAGCUGUGCUUUGACACUGUCGCAAUGGCGGCCUCGGCCCAGUUUUGCGGGGAAGCGCUGACUAGCAAGUCUGGGGGACGGUAUCACACGCUGCAGGAACUUCGCUGCCCCCGGCGUGAUGUUCGAUCGACGGUCUCAAUGGCGUAUACCGUUGUGGGAGAGCCAUAUACUAUGGGCCCCCAGAAGGUUCCUGCCAAGCCAAUUGAUAUGAAGCAUCACUUGCUAUGGCAGUCGGUUUUUCAGGACUUGCUGAACGAGGGCAAGAUAAAGACACAUCCAGUAUCUAAGCAGCCAUAUGGGCUCAAGGGGGUGUUGUCUGGACUGGAUCUCUUGCGUGAAAGCAAAGUACGAGGACAGAAGCUAGUAUACCGGGUAGAUGAGACACCACAUCAAUUUUGA